UUACGUACAGUACGUCAGACGUCAUCGCGUCAGCUGGCCGAAUGUUUACAUCCAGGCAGCAGUGGUGUGUUUCUCCCUGGAUCUCCACAACAACAAAAGGCUGAACACACGGAAACCCUCUGCUUCAGAAAACACCAGUCUGCGUUUUCACAAGUCAACAUGGGCGGAGCUGUCAGUGCCGGAGAAGACAAUGACGACUUGAUUGACAACCUGAAGGAGGCGUACUACAUCCGCUCAGACCUGGUGGAGCGAGCCUUCAGAGCUAUCGACCGUGCUGACUAUUACCUGGAUGAGUACCGGGACAAUGCCUACAAGGACUUGGCGUGGCGGCAUGGAAACAUCCACCUGUCCGCUCCCUGUAUCUACUCUGAGGUGAUGGAGGCUCUGGACCUCCGCCCCGGACUCUCCUUCCUCAACCUGGGCAGUGGCACUGGAUACCUGAGCACCAUGGUCGGCCUCAUACUGGGACCCUUCGGAGUGAACCAUGGGAUUGAGCUGCAUGCAGAUGUGAUUGAGUAUGCGUACCAGAAGCUCGAAUCCUUCAUCAAAACCAGCGACAGCUUCGACAAGUUUGAGUUCUGCGAGCCAUCCUUCGUGGUGGGGAACUGUCUGGAGGUUCCUCCGGAGAGCCGUCAGUAUGACCGGGUGUACUGCGGGGCGGGGGUGCAGAAGGAGCAUGAGGACUACAUGAAGAACCUGCUGAAGGUGGGGGGCAUCCUGGUGAUGCCUCUGGAGGAAAAGCUGACUAAGAUCACCCGCACAGGGCCGAACAGCUGGGAGACCAAAAAGAUCAUCUCUGUGUCCUUCGCUCCUCUGGCGCUGCCCAAACACAGCACCAACGGGAAACCCAAGACUGUCCCGCUGCCCAAGUAUGAGGUGCGGACGUUGCAGGAGCUGGCUCGUAUCUGCAUCCGCCACACCCUCAGAGUGACCACGGACGGGGGGGACAGCCAAUCACGCGGCAGAGGAUCCUCGUUCUCCGUGGGCAGGGGCCUAGCGGUGGCCGGGCUCCAUAAGUACGGCCCCCGCUUCAAGCGCAGGCGCGUCCACCGGCGCCACUGCAACGCGCUGGUCCUGGCCACGCGGCAGGUGGUGGCCAGCAGCGGCAUGGGCCCCGCCCCUCUGGACAGCAACAACAACCAGGGAGGACGAGCGGAGGACGAAGAGGAGGCAGGAGAGAGGGAGGCCAGGCGGCAGAUGAGAGGGAGCAGGAGGGCGGGGAGGGGAGCGGGCGCCGUGGUGGAGGAGGAGGAGACUGUGGAGGAAGAGGACGAGGAAGAGGAGCAGCAGGAGGGGGAGGAGGAGGAGAAGGAGACCGGGGAGCUGCUGCGACCUCAGCCGCCCGUCAACCUCCUCAGAGAGAGGAUCCUCGGCCUGCCGCUGCCUGAGCCUCUCAAGAUGUACCUGCUGUACUACAGAGAGAAGUGAGGGGCCCGGGGCCACAGCGUGAAGAGGCUCAACAUGAACCGAGCAGGACCCAUUACUGACCCCCGGUGUCCCUCUCACCUACAUUAUCCAUUCUCUUCCCCUCUCCCUGUUUGCCCGCUGUUCUUUACUCCAUUCAUUCCCUGACACUGUAAAGAGGUUAAUUUGUUCAGUGGGGGGGGGGGGGGGGCAGCAUAGUGAACCCAGAAAUGUAGCACCCCAAAGUUUUAUGUUAGAAAUGUAUAGUAGGGUCCCCAGCACAUAGAAAACUGCCGGAUGCUGACUUGCAUAUGUUGGGUAAUUAGCACCAGUAGCAUAAUUUGUGUUAGUUAGCAUAUGCUACCAAUAGCUAAAAAAUGUCUUGGCACAUAUUGACCUGUUUGAGGUUAUUGAGGAUGCUGAAUCAAUUCCUGACAUUUUCAGGAUCCCAAAUGGGAAAUUGAAAGUUUUAGGGGACUCAAAACUGCCAAUUUUGAUCCUAAAUACAUCUUAAACUGAUUCAACCUCCUUCAAUCACCUCCAAAACCACACUCAUAUUGUCAGCAUCGGCCAUUGCAUUUUUAGCUAUUGUCUGCAUAUGCCAAUUAACAUAACUUAUGCUAAUUGUGCAAAUUGCCCAACGUAUGCAGGUUAGCAUCCAGCAGUUUCUAUGUGCUGGGGAGCCGUGCUAUACAUUUCUUACAUAAAACUUUGGGGGACUGAACAUCUCCGGGUUCACAACAGGACUCUAUGAGCUGGAGACUAGACUAGGAGGGGAGGGUGGCGGAGCAUACAACCAAACAGUCACCAACACUUUGUCUCCACUGAGGUGCAAAGAUAUAGUUAUAAAUACACAAACCAUUACCAAUUUGCUCUGUAUAUUCUGACCAAUCCCAGCAUAACAACAGCUUUAAAGAGGGUCCCUCAGACCAGGAGGUGUAGCACUGCUCCUCCCAUCCACAGGCCCCAGUUUAGAGGUGUGGAAGCUGGUUGUGUAUUCUAAUAAGGGAGAUGUGGUUUUGAAAAGGAAGCCUUCAUGAGGGAUGUGCAUUCUGAGGCCAGUGUCAUACUGAAUGAUAUCGCAGCUCGUGACCAACAUAUUCCCUCUGAUUCCCAAAUAAAAGGCGAGCCUUGAUUCCAUUAAACAUUUGAACGGCCUGCUUCUCACGGCCAAGUGUUGCUCUUCAUUUGAAGAUAUUUUAUGAGCUUUUUCCAUUAAAAGUUCUCCUCUUUUCUAUGCAUAUAUUUUAUUGUAUGAGUCAAGUCUUCUUUUGACUUAUGGAGACGAUUCUGAGCUCAAUCCUAACAAGUGUAUCCAAAUAGAAGUCUCAGUGCUUCUUUACAUCCCAUAAUAUUCUCUUAACCAAAAGAGAAUGACUGUAAAAGAUCACAUAGCUACUAAUAUUCCAAUUGACAUAAAUAAACCAGCAUGAUAAUACAUAACCGAUGUUUCUGAUGAUUGGCAGUGUUCCGUGCUGUCAUGUUGUUUUGCCUGUCUGGUAGUAUUUUGAUUUGUUGAAUUUAAAGAGACUUGAAGUGUUGUGUACAUAUGAAAUGUCAUGUUAUAUGAAUCAUAAACACAUGACAAGUAGAAGAAGCAUCUUCUCCCACGUUUCUGUUGUAGUUUAUCUUUAGAUGGAGCAUCCUCGCUUUGUUUCUUUUUGCUUUUGUACCACACUCUCUGCUCCCCCUCUGUGCCAAACUUCUGUUGCAUUGACUAAAGUGCGGAGAGGGAAUGGGAUCGACAGGAAGUCUGAAGACCAAUAGCUAGUUUUGAAAUGAGUGGUUGUUCAUGUGUCAUCAUGUAAGGCUUAGAAAGAAUCCCAUUGGACAGUUUUUAUCUGAAGAAUGUCUGCAAGUAAGGAGACAAGGCAAUACCCCGCAUCACCCGAUACAGUUAUAAGAUCAAUCAUGGAUGUUAUAACUGCAGGAAUCUGAAUAUCUGUGCAGCUUAUUCGAGGAAUAUAUCCAACCCUGCCCGGGAGGACAGUCCUCUGCUGGAUCUGCCUUCAGUGUGACCAUCUGCUCAACAUGAGGACCCUCCAUGUCUGGCUGUUGUGCAUUGUGAUUCUGCUGAAUGUAUAUACUCAUGGUGGGAUGUGGGUGGGUUUCUUUUGCACUUAAGUUUUGGUGAGAAUGGAUUGGUUGUUUUUGAAAUGGAGCUGUACUAUUGACUGCUGUUAAUAAAGUGCAAUAUAAAAAAAGA